GGAGGAGGCCGGCUGGAAUGGAUGGCGAGGGGGACGGAGAGAGAAACCAUGAGAGCAUCAGGGUGGGAUGGAAGACGGACUUCCAGAGCAGGGCCUAGAGCUGAGCAAAAGCUUAAACACGGGCAAAAGACGGUUAGACUUCCUGCUUGCCCAGGAAGAUGGUUCCGAAAGUUGCUAUGCAGUUAAUGGUAACUCGAGAUCUCUGCAUCUUACAGACUUCGUCUGGUGCCAAGCAGAAAGAAUGGAUGGUUGGAGAAGGAACCUGGAACUCCCAUCCACUUUCAGGAUGCUCCAGUCUUCUGGUCUCAGCAGGCUCAUGCCUCCAUCUCAUUUCCAGAAACGGCCCAUUCCAGGCAUGUCCAGGAUCACUUCUGUACAGUCCCCACCCUUGCCCCUGGUCCUGCCUUCACCCCAUCAUGGUCAUGAUAACAGUGAUCAUAGAUGGAAGCAUCAUGGACUACAGAUUUUGAGAGAACAAAAUGGGGCAGGUGAUAGUGAGGAUCCCAAAAGAAGGAUCAGGUCCCUGGACCAUGUAGGGCCACAGGGCUUGAAGUCCCAGACUGAGUUCACUCAGCACCUGGAAGAGAUGCGGAGUCUUGAGAUGGAGAGUCAGGCCUUGCGGUUGGCUUCAGUCCAUCAGAAGGCUCGGUUGGCAACUCAGGCUGAGGAGCUGAAAGUGUUGGGACAGGCAAAGGAGGCUAUGCUUAUUGAAGUAGAGGAGCUUCGUGCUGCCUUGGCUGGGGCAGAGCUCAUUCGGCAGAAAUUGGAAGAAGAAAACAGACAAGAGCUGGAAGAGACCCAGAAGCUGCACAAGGAACAGAUCUCCCACAUGACUGAAGCUCACCAGGAAGCUCUUGCUGCCCUGGCUAACAAGGCCCAUGAGUUGGAGGAGAAACUCAAGACCAUGGAAUCUAAGAGGGACAAAGAGACCAAAGAGUUGGCUGUUGUACAGAAGGAGGCUAAGAUGUUAAGGGAGGAACUAAGUAAGGCCCAUGCAGAGCUCAAGACCCAGGUGGCCCUUGUUGAGCAGCUUAGGAGGUAUGUAGGGGAUCAAAUCCCACCAGAGAACAAGAACCAGACGUGGGAGCAGGAGAGGAAGCAGCUGCUGGAGAAGAUACAGCAUUUGCAAGAGGAUCGGGAUGCCUUAUGUGCCACUUUGGAGUUGCUACAGGUUAGAGUGCAGAGCCUCCAGGACAUCCUUGCCCUACAGGAAGAGGAGCUGGGUCGGAAGGUCCAGCCCACAAACCCCCUGGAGUCUGAUGCAGCCAAGAAGGCUCAGGCCCUGCUGAGCCGUUGGAGGGAAAAGGUGUUUGCCUUGAUGGUACAGUUGAAAGGCCAGGAGUUGGAACAUAGUCAGCAUGCCCAAAAGCUGAAAGGAAAGGUGGCAGAACUUGAAGGGGAAGUAGUGUCUUGGGGCCAGGAGUCGGCCAUCUUGCACCAAUCCCUACAGGACAAAACUGCUGAAGUGGAGGUAGAAAGAAUUAACAGCAAGGUGCUGCAGGGGGAGCUAACCCGAGCCCAGGAGGCUGGGCUGUGGCAGCAGCAGCAGACAAAGAAGGCUGAGGAGCACAUGAAGCUUGUGGCCAAUGCAGUGAGCAGUUCCCAAAACUGGCUACAGGAUCGGGUAGCUAAGGUGGAAGAGGCUGUAGCUCAGCUUCCAAGCCUCAACAGCCGCCUUGGCUAUGCUUCCCGACAGGUCCGUACUGUUCAAGGCCUUAUGGCUCGGAAAAUAGCACUUGCACAGCUGCAGCAGGAACAGAGUCUUCCACCUCCGCUGUCUGAAGAAAUGAGACUUGAGUUGCAGCAGCUAAGAGAAGAAAGGGACCACCUAGAAAAAGAGCUACAACUGAGUGCCCACCUUAUCCAACAGGAAGUGGGCCGAGCCCGGGCACAAGGGGAGGAAGAGCGGAUUCGGCUAAGUGAGGGGGUCCGGCAGUUGGAGCAGGAGCUGCAAAAAACCCAGGAAUCUUUGGCGGAGGUUGGGGUUCAGCUGAAGGCAGCUCGAGUGAGCCAGAAGGAGAGCACAGAAGAGGCUGCCUGCCUUCGGCGGGAGCUAACCCAGCAGCAAGAGACCUAUGGGAGAGACUUACAGAAGAAGGUGGCUGAAGUGGAGUCGAGGCUUCGAGAUCAGCUUUCAGAGUUGGAGAGAAGACUGAAUGAAGCCCGGAAGGAACAUUCUAAAGCUGUGGUCUCCCUGCGCCAGGCCCAGCGCCAAGCAGCCCGAGACAAGGAGCGUAGCCAGGAGCUGGGACGUCUGCAAGAGGAAGCCCAGAGGGAAGAAGGCUUCCGGUUGCAGCAGAGGCUUCAAGAGCUGGAACGAGACAAAAACCUUAUGUUGGCCACCCUAAAGCAAGAGGGUCUCCUUUCCCAAUACAAACAGCGGCGGCUGUUUGCAAUUCUUCCUUCCCCAUCAUUGGAACCUGGACCUGGAACCUCUCAAACUCAACACCCUACCAAGCAACUUUUGAAAGGAUCCUAUCUCUCUGCAUUGCUGGAAGAUCUGCAGGAAAUGAGUGAGGUUAUCACUCGAGAAGAGGAGGGAGACAAUGGGAGGCAUCACAGGGAGCAAUGACCAUCCUUUGCCACCAGCCCUGGAGGCCCUUGAAGAAGAGGGUGCACCAACAUGGCCACAGGGCCCACC